AUGGCGCGUGAGCUGCGCUCGCUGCUGCUGUGGGGCCGCCGGCUGCGGGCUCCGCGGCGGGCUCCGGCGCUGGCGGCCGUCGGGGGAGGAAAACCCAUUCUGAGUCUUGAGAGGACCACGGUCUCACUUAGGGUUCCCACGCAAAACCUGGCUCCCAGCUUCUGCACAGGACGGCUGUACAGCACGCGGGCCGCAGAGGACAAGCCGGCGGCGAGCCUGCACUCCAUCAUCAGCAGCACGGAGGCCGUGCAGGGUUCCAUCUCCAAACAUGAGUUCCAGGCAGAGACAAAGAAGCUUCUGGAUAUCGUUGCCCGUUCCUUGUACUCAGAAAAAGAGGUUUUCAUACGGGAGCUCAUCUCCAACGCCAGUGAUGCCUUGGAAAAACUGCGCCACAAGCUGGUGUCUGGUGGCCAAGCGCUGCCAGAAAUGGAGAUUCACCUUCAAACUGACGCUGAGAAGGGCACCAUCACGAUCCAGGACACUGGCAUUGGGAUGACACAAGAUGAGCUGGUAUCCAACCUGGGCACAAUUGCCAGAUCAGGAUCAAAGGCCUUUCUGGAAGCACUGCAGAACCAGGCAGAGGCCAGCAGCAAGAUCAUUGGCCAGUUUGGCGUGGGUUUCUACUCAGCCUUCAUGGUGGCCGACAGGGUUGAGGUGUAUUCCCGCUCAGCAGCUCCAGGGAGCCCAGGCUACCAGUGGCUUUCAGAUGGCUCUGGAGUGUUUGAAAUUGCUGAAGCUUCAGGAGUUAGACCUGGGACCAAAAUAAUCAUCCACCUGAAGCCGGACUGCAAAGAAUUCGCCAGUGAGGCCCGCGUGCGAGAUGUGGUAACGAAGUACAGUAACUUCGUCAGCUUCCCUCUGUACCUGAACGGAAGGCGGAUUAACACUUUACAGGCUGUCUGGAUGAUGGACCCCAAGGACAUAAGUGAGUCACAGCAUGAGGAAUUUUACCGCUACAUUGCCCAGACCUACGACAAGCCUCGCUACACCUUGCACUAUAAGACGGAUGCACCCCUCAACAUUCGUAGCAUCUUUUACGUGCCAGAGACGAAACCUUCCAUGUUUGAUGUGAGCAGAGAGCUAGGCUCCAGUGUGGCGCUGUAUAGCCGCAAGGUCCUCAUCCAGACCAAGGCUGCAGAUAUCCUGCCAAAGUGGCUGCGUUUCAUCCGAGGUGUGGUGGACAGUGAGGACAUCCCUCUGAACCUCAGCCGGGAGCUCCUACAGGAGAGCGCGCUCAUCCGGAAACUCCGGGAUGUUCUGCAGCAGAGGCUCAUAAAGUUCUUUGUUGACCAGAGCAAAAAAGAUGCUGAGAAGUAUGCCAAAUUUUUUGAAGAUUACGGCCUAUUCAUGCGGGAGGGCAUUGUGACCACUGCAGAGCAGGAGGUGAAGGAGGACAUCGCGAAGCUGCUGCGCUAUGAGUCAUCAGCACUUCCUGCUGGGCAACUGACCAGCCUUUCGGACUAUGCCAGCCGCAUGCAGGCUGGUACCCGCAACAUCUUCUACCUGUGUGCCCCCAACCGUCACCUGGCUGAGCACUCGCCUUACUAUGAGGCCAUGAAGCAGAAACACACAGAGGUGCUGUUCUGCUACGAGCAGUUCGACGAGCUCACGCUGCUGCACCUGCGAGAGUUUGACAGGAAGAAGCUGAUCUCGGUGGAGACAGACAUCGUCGUGGAUCACUACAAGGAAGAGAAGUUCGAGGACACGUCCCCAGGUGGCGAGCGUCUGUCUGAGAAGGAGACAGAAGAGCUGAUGGCCUGGAUGAGGAAUGCUCUGGGGUCUCGUGUCACCAACGUGAAGGUGACACUCCGCCUGGAUACCCACCCUGCCAUGGUGACUGUGCUGGAGAUGGGGGCCGCCCGGCAUUUUCUGCGCAUGCAGCAACUGGCCAAGACCCAGGAAGAGCGUGCCCAGCUGCUGCAGCCUACGCUGGAGAUCAACCCCAGACACACGCUGAUCAAGAAGCUCAGUGAGCUAAGGGAGCGGGACCCGGAGCUGGCCCAGCUGCUCGUGGACCAGAUUUAUGAGAAUGCCAUGAUAGCAGCGGGGCUCGUUGACGACCCCCGACCCAUGGUAAGCCGCCUGAAUGACCUCCUCGUCAAGGCCCUGGAGAGACACUGAGAGGUGACAGACCGAGCUGUACCCCUCGGUCCGGAGCCUACCCCAGCGAAGGAAGGACUGCACACCACCAACUGCUUAAGUUUUAUUUACCUCAAUUAAACAGUAUUUCUUA